CAUUGCGCUCGCUGGAGCGAGUCUCACCUGGCUGCAACUUUCGCUCUGUGCGCCUGGAGUUUUUUUUUUUUUUCGGAUGAGACCUGGAGGAGAGAUGGCUUCUCGGGAGACUUUUAAGGACUUGGAGUGCAAUUCGUCCGAGGAGGACAGUAACCGCGCGGCCUUGGCAGAGGGGACGGCAGAGGAAAAGACAUCUCCGGUGGUGCGUCGGCAUCACCCGUUCAGCGUGGAGGCGCUCAUGUCCGGGAGGAAGACGGACGGCCGCAGCGGAGCGUCAACCUGCUGUAAACCGGAGGGAGGUUCGGUGGCGGUGUCCCCCACAGGGUUAAACUCUCUGUAUCUGAGUCGAGAGACGUGCAGUCCCCCCGGGGGGAGCCGAAAGAGCAUAACGGCUGCGCCUUCGUCGCCGGUAAAAUCCGAGGCAUCAGAGUCAGAGGACUGCGCACCUUGGGUCACCAACGGCGCGUUUUCCACACAGCCGCGUCAUAUCAGUCCAGGCUGUCAGCUGAGGAAACACAAGACCAACCGAAAGCCCCGCACUCCAUUCACCACGUCUCAGCUCCUGGCCCUGGAGAGGAAGUUCAGGCAGAAGCAGUACCUGUCCAUCGCCGAGCGUGCCGAGUUCUCCUCUUCCUUGACCCUGACAGAGACCCAGGUGAAGAUCUGGUUCCAGAAUCGCCGGGCAAAAGCCAAGAGGCUCCAGGAGGCCGAGCUGGAGAAACUCAAGAUGGCUGCUGAUGCCAAGACGGCGGCAGUGGCUGCCGCUGCUGCUGGAGCUUUACACCCUGGCUUUACAUUACCGCUGUCGCUGGGCACCAUGUCACUGUACGGACAGUCAUACUCUGCCUAUCACCACCACCACAGACCCAUACUGCCCAUUUCACCUUUAGGACUGUAUGCUGGUCCUCUGGGCUACAGCAUGUACCACUUGUCAUAAAAAUGGAAAUCUUUUUGACGUUGGUGAAAUGCGUUUCAGUACAUUUCCCAGGAUUCCCAAAAAUGGACACAGAGGAUGUGUGGCUGACAUUUAAAAAAAUCAGUGUUUAUAUCUACUGCACAAGGAGUGCUUGAAUCAACUUUCCGAGCACUUCAAGUCAAAUUAGAAAAUCUAUUUUUUUCCCACAGUGAGGAUAAAAAAAAAAAAAUAUUAAAAAAACUUGCCCCUUUGGACUGCCUGUUUACAUGACUUGUCUAUGUGAGGAGGGGUGUAACUGUCCAGCUGUUUAUAGUCUUCUCUUGUUUAUUGCAAUAAUUGAGCUGGGCAAGUUUUUGCACUGGGCACAAUAAUAGAGUACAACUUUUUCACCAACGCCUUUUUACUCAUCAGACAGUGCCUCAUGUUGAAAAGGGCCUUAAUAUCAAGACACUUUGUAGACGUCUAUGGGUAAAUGAGUGUUUCAGCAACUCAGGCCAAAUAAAACAUAUCACUGAAGCAUUCUUUUAAUUUCCAUCCUACAAAAGUGUCUUGAAAUUUUUGUAAAAAUUCAGGUUUGUGGUGUCGUCAAGACAGCAAGGUUUAACCUUCAGUUUACUCAUCACAAUGAAAAAUCUACACCAUUGCAAUUACAGCUUUGUUCAUGUUUUAUCUAUCAUAGGCAAUAAAAACAUUUUCAGCUUCCCAUCAGUUUCUUUAUAGAGUGUAGACAUAUUUAUUCUCUUUGAAUAAUGUUGUAUAUUUAUGAUAUACUAUGGUACAAAUUGUCUGACCAAAAUUGUAUUUAUAUUAUUCCUCUUCCUGAACGUCCCUUUGAAAGGGCCUACAUUAUGCUAUGCAGUUUUUCCACCGAAGUUUUACCAUUCAAAUGAACAAAACAAUUAAAGCUUUUCAGACUGUUUCCUUUAAAUAAAUGACAUUUAAUUUUAUGUAUGAAAAUAAAGGAGCAAUAUGUAAACAUGUGCAGCCACAUUCACUGAAGACCUUCCAAAAAAGUCAUAUUUUAAGUAAUUUACCAUUAAAACCAAGCAGCUGUUUUGCAUUUUUUUUUUCUUCGUGUUCAGCCCUGUGCAGAGACAGCAGCCCUUUGUGCAUGUGCAUGUCAACGUGCAUAUGUGUGCGUUUGUGUGGUUUAAUGUCUUGUCUGUGUUUCCCAUUAGACAGUGGUCAGUUCAAGGCAAUGUUUGUCAAACCAUAAAUGAUAUCCAUAAAUUAUCCAACUUCA